CGAGGUUCAUAGUACACACCACACACCCCGAGAGUCUUUCUGCACUGAUUCUGCUCCAGCUGCUCACCACACACACACACACACACACACACACACACACACACACACACACACAUACACACACACAGAGAAGGAACUCACCUGGAGAAAUGUUUUUGGAAAUGAUGGACACCGAGCCACAGAUUCUUCUCCUGCAGCAGGUCUGAUCUGAUGCUGGAACAGGUCUGCAUUUUCUCCAACACUGAUCUCACAGAAGAACCUUGACUGAGGAACAUCUCCUGAUCUUUACCCGAGAGGAACUGGAACUCUACAGGAACACUGCACUUUCUUCUUCUUUACGUUGAUUUUAUUCUAUAUCUGGAUGGAGAACUUCAGGAUGAGACUUUUUCUCUUUUUCCACCUUCUCUCCUUUCUUCUACACAGGGCAGAUUCGAACGCCAUCAUUGGGCUUUCCAAGCACAUCGAGCCCAUCCUCAAUGCCAACACGGUGUGUUUAACACUCCCGGGCUUGACCAAGAGGCAAAUGGACAUGUGCAUGAGGAACCCGGACGUCACAGCCUCAGCCAUCCAGGGCAUCCAGAUCGCCAUCCAUGAGUGCCAGCACCAGUUCAGGGGGCAUCGCUGGAACUGCUCGAGUCUGGAGACACGCAACAAGAUUCCAUACGAAAGCAUCGUCUUCAGCCGAGGGUUCAGGGAAAGUGCGUUUGCAUACGCUAUCGCCGCAGCAGGGGUUUUACACUCCGUCUCGAACGCCUGCUCCAUGGGCAAACUAAAGGCCUGCAGCUGUGAUGAGAAGCGACGAGGAAAUGAAGAAGUCUUCCGUCAGAAGCUGAACCGACUGCAGCUGGAGGCCAUCCACCGCGGCAAGGGCAUGGUGCAUGGCGUGAUGGAGGAGCGAGGGGGUGUCCUGGAGGACCAUGGGGGGACCCGAGGGGGCGGAGCCAUGGAAGAGUGGGAGUGGGGCGGAUGCAGUCCCAAUGUGGAGUUUGGGGAGAAGUUCUCUAAAGACUUCCUGGACUCAAGAGAGACCUACAGAGACAUCCAUGCUCGGAUGAGACUUCACAACAACCGUGUAGGACGACAGGUGGUGUUGGAUCACAUGCGAAGGAAGUGUAAAUGCCACGGCACAUCAGGAAGCUGCCAGCUUAAGACGUGUUGGCAGGUGACCCCUGAUUUCCGAUUAGUGGGCUCAUUGCUGAAGGAGCGCUUCAACCAAGCGGCACUUAUCAAAACACACAACCGAAACACGGGCCAAGUGGAGCAUGUACCUCAGAACCAGCACCACCAUCAUCAUCACCAUAAUCAUCAUCAUCACCAUAAUCACCAGAACCACCAUCACUACCAUCCGCCACAGCACCAGCGGCGACGCAACAACGUGAACGAGCUGGUGUACUUCGAGAAGUCUCCGGAUUUCUGCGAGAGGGACGUCCAGUCGGACUCGGCGGGGACGCAGGGACGCAUCUGCAAUAAGACAAGCCAAGGCAUGGACAACUGCGAGAGCUUGUGCUGCGGCCGAGGACACAACAUCCUGCAGCAGACACGCCAUGAACGCUGCAACUGCAAGUUCCACUGGUGCUGCUAUGUGGUGUGUGAGGAGUGCAGGGUGAACGAGUGGGUCAGUGUCUGCAAGUGACAAAUACAUAAAUAAAUAAAUGUCCAAUGACGGGAAGAGGCAAAAAAGGGCAGGACAAUGAUGAUUAAGAUAGACAUCGGACACUUUCCCCAGCCAUCUGUUGGUGUUCUGUCCUCUGUAAUGGACCAGAAAUUAAAGACCCACUUGUUGGAGGGUAAAAUCUGGUGUACACUUUGUGUAACUCGGCCCCUUCGUGCCCACCCUUGCUCACCCUUGCCCACGUGUUCACUCACAGUAGUCCUGCACUGUGUCAUUUCAAAGUAUUUUAAUAAAAAUAAGUUAAGGAUAUUAA